AUGAUGCGUACCGCAAAUUUCCUCCUCCUCGCCCUGUCGCUCCUCGCUGCCACGUGUCAAUGCCUCUCUGUCCGGCGUAAAAAUGGGCCGAGCGGCAGUGGCGGCGGCGGUGGUGGCGGCAGCGGUGGUGACGGCAAUGGUGGCGGCAGCGACGGCGGCAGCGGUCUCUAUAUCGUGCGCCUCCACUCCGCGCUCCCCCUCGCCGCGUAUCGCGGAGCCGUCUCCAGCUUCUCCGGCUGGGCGGACGACAACGAUGACGACGAGAGUAGCGACAGCGCCGCCCGCCCGGCAGGGCUGAUGGCGACGGCAGAGGCGGUGGACGAAGAGGUGACGGCGACGGGCGGCAGGGUGCCGCGCCGUGCGCGGCUCAGCAAGAACAACCCGCAGGUUAAGGCGUACGCGCAGAUGCUGCAGACGCAGCAGGCGCAGAUCGCGUCGGAAGUGGGCGUGGCUUCGGACAAGAUGGCGUACAGCUACAAGUACUCGUCCAACGGCUUCUCGGCGGAGCUGACGGCGGAGCAGCUGCGGCGGCUGAAGCGCCACCCCGCCGUGGCGUCCGUGCGCCCGAGCGCGCGCAAGCGCCUCUUCACGACCGAGUCGCCCACCUUCCUCGGGAUGAACAGCGCCGGGUCGCUCUGGCCCGCGAAUGGCGGGCAGGCGAAGGCGGGCGACGGUACGGUAAUUGCCAUCGUCGACACGGGGAUCUGGCCGGAGCACCCGUCGUUUAGCGACACGGGGUUCUCCUCGUCGCGGCCUGCUGGGUGGUCGGGGAAGUGCGACACCACGAAGGAUUUUAAGUGCAAUAACAAGCUCAUCGGUGCGCGCGCGUUUUAUAAAGCGUAUAAAAGCGCCAACGGGCUGGAUCUCUCCGGGGAUUGGCUGUCUCCGCGCGACGCCAACGGCCACGGCACGUGGUCUCUCGUCUGUGCCCCUCUCCCUGCUCCUCUCCUUGCUCCUCUCCCUGCUCCUCUCCCUGCUCCUCUCCUUGCUCCUCUCCCUGCUCCUCUCCCUGCUCCUCUCCUUGCUCCUCUCCGUGAACCCCACCCACCGACACCUACUUUGACGACAUCGCCUUCCUCAACGCCAAUUUUGUGCGCUGCUCUCCCCUCCUUCAUCCCCUGUUCUCUCUCCACGCUCUACGUGCCGAACUCUUUGUGCCGCCCUCUGUGUGCCGCCCUCUGUGUGCCGCCCUCUGUGUGCCGCCCUCUGUGUGCCGCCCUCUAUGUGCCAUGCGCCCACCUCUCCUCACAUCACACCUACUUUGACGACAUCGCAUUCCUCAACGCCAGCCUGGCGGGGGUGGUCGUGACCUUUGCUGCGGGCAACGACGGUCCCCCCCAGGGAUACCGCUCGCUCGACAACUAUGCACCCUUCUACCUUACAGUGGGCGCCAGCACCAUCGCCCGAGGCGGCCUCACUCUCGCCAGCUCAGCGGGCGCAUCCAGGUCAGCAGCAGCAUCCACCAAUCUGACGUCAUCCUCCGCCACACCCUCCGCCAAGCCCUCAGCCGGCGAUUCCGCGCCCAACGUGGCCGAUUUCUCCUCCACGGGUCCCCUCAUCUUCCCCGACAUCGGCACCGGUGGUGGCCUGGCCACCGACUCAAUCUUAAAGCCCGACAUUGUCGGCCCGGGAGUGGACCUCUACGCUGCUGCCCCGGGCACGCGCAUGGGUGACAAGGGCGGGUCGGCAGGGAUGUCCGGGACGUCCAUGGCGACGCCUCACCUGGCGGGGAUCGCUGCGCUGGUGAUGCAGAAGUACCCUUCUUGGAGCCCCGCGCAGGUCAUGUCUGCCAUCAUGACCACAGCUACAACCAAGGACGUCAACGGCGCUGCCAUCUCUAGUGCUGCCUCAGGGCAAGCUGCCACGCCGUGGGAUAUGGGCAACGGGCAUGUGUUCCCACCCAAGGUUCUCGACCCCGGGCUCACGUAUGACGCCCGGAAAAGCGCUUAUCUGAAUUUCCUGGCCGGGCUGGACAUGCAGAGGACCCGGUCAGAGUACCCGAAUGAGAGGCUCACCUCUGUGCCUCCCAGAGAGCUCAACCGCCCCACCAUCGCACUUGCCAGUCUCAAAGGCAAGAUAAAAGUCACACGCACUGUCACCUGUGUCGCUGACUCUGCCUCCACUUACACUGCCAAGAUUCAGAAGCCUAAUGGGGUGGAUGUUACUGUGAAGCCCAGCAGCUUUGCCAUCUCGCCUGGUCAGAAGGUCAGCUUUGUGGUGACCUUCAAGGUUACUAAAACCUCAAAAAGCUUUCAGUAUGGGAGCCUCACUUGGGUGGACGAAAAGGGUCACUCUGUUCGGUCGGCGAUUGCUGUCAAGCCUGUCAGGAAGUGA